AUGGAAUACGAGAAUCCCCUGGUUCAGAGGGACCAUAAUAUCCUCUCUGAAUCCUGCCCAUGGCAGGUUGACAAACCCCAACACCUUUCCCGAAACCGAGUGUCAGCUGAAGAGGGCCUUCAGUGGGGAUCGGAUCCCAGUUUCUGUUAUCAUGGCUUCUCUUGUCCGAUCGGUACUUGGACAGAAGAGCGCCUGGUGCAGAACCUGAUGCGAAACAUGGCCAGCAUCUGUACCAGUGUGGACAUAGACUUUGACAUUUCCGAAUCUACAAACUGGUCACCUCCCAACGCUCCUCAAAAAGACCCCUCCGAUUCCUUAGGCUUGAAUGGGUUCACACUUCCCAUGUUCCAGCCCUCGACUGUUCAGACAAAUGAAAGACUCUCCGAGACGCCUUCUUUGUCUUCCUCACCCAGUCAAGGACAAGCACCCUCACCAGAAAACACCACAUGCACUCGCCGAGCAAGCUGCUCUUUACUUCAAGGGAACGAUGCCCUACAGCGGCAACUAGGGAAGCUGAAAGAGCAGGAAAAAAUGAACCGGUUGCGCCUAUUCCCUGCUGAGGAGGACGAUCAAAAGCUCACAUAUUAG